AUGGACAAUCGAUCUGUAGGCGAGUCUGACUCUCGUCCAGAGAACGCCAAUGCUGAAUCAUCAAAUCCUGCAACUCCUGGGUCUUCGUCAAAUCCACCCAAAGUACAACAACCGAAACCCCAGGCCCUUGCAAAUCGACCCGGUCCAUCAGCGAUCCUUGUGUCCACGCGACAGAAGGGCAAUCCAAUCUUGAAUCAUAUCAAACUUCUCCCAUGGGAAUAUGCGGACAUCCCAGCCGACUAUGUUAUCGGUACAACGACAUGCGCACUUUUCCUCUCCCUAAAGUACCAUCGUUUACACCCUGAAUACAUCUACUCCCGAGUUCGACUCCUCGCCGGCAAAUACCAAUUACGCAUCGUGCUGGUCAUGGUCGACAUUCCUAAUCAUGAAGAUCCUUUAAAGGAGCUAUCCAAGACAUCAAUCAUCAACAACCUUACCUUGUUUCUUUGCUGGUCCGCUCCGGAAGCAGCCCACUACCUCGAACUUUUCAAGUCGUCGGAAUACGCACAGCCUACAGCAAUUCGCACUCAACAAGCUCAAUCUUACAAAGAAUCGUUAGUGGAAUUUGUGACCGCCCCUAGGACUAUCAACAAGUCAGAUGCCGCCAGCUUGAUCUCCACAUUUGGAAGCUUGCAGAAUGCAGUGAACGCGCAACCAGAGGUUCUCAGCGCGGUACCUGGUUGGGGUGAAAAGAAGGUCCAGCAGUGGUGCAGUGCUGUCAGAGAGGAAUUCAGGGUGGAAACCACAAAGAAAGCUACGGCAGCGAGCUCCGCAAGUCAAAGCAGAACGCCUGUGCCUCGACAACCACAAAUUGCAGAAAUAGACGAAGACGAAGCAAUGCUACGUGCCGUACUGGAGGAAAGCCGCCGGACAGCCGAAGCCUCUGCUCUUAAAGAUUCCAAGACUGAGGCAACACCGGAGGAAGGGAUGAGCGAGGGCGUCAUGGCUGCAUUAGCCAAGUUACGAGACACAGGCGGGUGA